AUGAUGCGCACCCAGCUCUCGUCCACGCUGAGGAGCAGCGUUGCGCGAGCCUCCCUCCGCACCACCACCUCUGCUCCCAUCGCCUGCCGUGCCGCUUCCACCCACGCCAUCUCCAACCCGACUCUGUCCAACAUUGAGAAGCGUUGGGAGGGUAUGCCCCUGCAGGAGCAGGCCGAGCUCUGGAUGACCCUGCGAGACCGCAUGAAGGAGAACUGGACUGAGCUCACUCUCCAGGAGAAGAAGGCUGCUUACUGGAUUGCCUUCGGUCCCCACGGUCCCCGCGCCGAGGCUCCCCCAGGCGAGGGCAAGAGGGUUACCUUCUACACUCUCACUGGUGUCGCCAUCAGUCUCGUUCUCUUCCUCACCCUCCGUGGCUUCGCCGGCCCCGCGCCGCACACCAUGAACAAGGAGUGGCAGGAGGCCAGCAACGAGUACCUCAAGGGCCAAAAAACCGAUCCCUUCAACGGCCUCGGUGCCGAGGACUACACGGGCAAGGGCCACGUCCAGUCUCCUCCCAAGCACUAA